AUGCCAAAAACCAUAUUCACUAACUUUGGAGAACACACCUAUGAUAUCGUAGAUGCCGUAGGAGGACCACCGGUUGUAAUCAAAGUCACAGAAGGCACACAAGGGCUGGGAGUUUAUCUUGCAGAAGAUUAUUAUUCAGCACAUUCUCUACUAGAAGCUCAUAAUGACUUACAAUCUCGAGUGAUUGUUCAAGAAUUUAUAGAAGAAGCUAAAGGAAGUGACCUCAGAAUAUUUAUCGUUGGCGACACCAUCGUUGGCUCUAUGAAGCGUCAAGCCUCUGAGGGAGAGUUUCGCUCCAAUAUGCACCGUGGAGCCACCGCUUUAAGCGUUAGUCUAACUCCUCAAGAAAAAGCCUUAGCUCUAACCGUUGCUAAAGUCCUUGGUCUAAAUGUUUGUGGAGUGGAUUUAAUUCAGAGUAAACGUGGACCAUUACUAUUGGAAGUUAAUUCCUCUCCUGGUUUAGAGGGCAUUGAGAAUGCUACACGAAAAAACAUCGCCCGAGAUAUCAUUAAAUAUAUUGAGAAAAAUGCCAAAUGA